AACAGCCUUGUUCUCCAGUGUUGCUGUCCGAGAACUUCUGGACGGUCACAAGAAACAUGAUGAGCUGCUAACACGAACCUUCUAUCGACUUUCUCAUGUCCAAACUCUUCUAUAGAGUACCAGAGCCACUUCGCCGAUUGUCGAGUCGACUCCUCGAAACCCCAGCCAUGGCUGCGCCAACUUCUACCCGGCCAAAGUUGACCGGACGGGCUUUCUAUGAGAGUAUCGGAAGCCCAAAGAUGAUCGUUGCGCCUAUGGUCGAUCGCUCCGAAUUUGCUUGGAGACUACUCACUCGAUCCUACUUAGAUCAAGAGCGAUCGAAGUCUAUGCUAGCAUACACACCGAUGCUUCAUGCACGGCUAUUUCAAGAAAACCCUAAACAUCGAGACACUUACUUCCGGCCGACGCGAAAUAGCCUAGUUUCCAAGGACAAAUCUCCAAUGCCUCCCUGGCUAGAUGGAAAUCCAGAAAUUGAUCGACCACUUUUUGUACAAUUCUGUGCGAACAAACCUGAGGAACUGCUUGAAGCAGCGCAGUAUGUCGCUCCGUACUGUGAUGCUGUGGAUCUGAAUCUUGGAUGCCCACAGGGUAUUGCAAGACAUGGGCACUAUGGUGCAUUCCUUCAAGAGGACUGGGACACAAUAUACAAUAUGAUCAACAAGCUCCAUAAGGAAUUAUCUGUACCAGUAACGGCGAAGAUGAGGAUAUUAGAGACACGGGAGAAGACACUUGAGUACGCCAAGAUGAUACUGUCAGCUGGCGCCAGCAUCCUUACCGUACACGGACGACGGCGUGAACAGAAAGGGCACAAUACUGGCCUCGCAGAUUGGUCUAUGAUCCGCUACCUCCGAGAAAAUCUCCCAGCCGACACGGUGAUUUUUGCGAAUGGCAAUAUCCUAAAUUCUGGUGACCUGGAGGCAUGUCUCGAGGCCACAGGGGUCGACGGGGUCAUGAGCGCCGAGGGCAAUCUUUCAGAUCCGACCAUCUUUGCAUUGCCGCCAAAAGAGUACAAUCCACGAGAAUAUUGGUAUGGUCCAAGGAGGAAAGGUGGCUACCGUGUGGAUGCCGUUUUUAGAAGGUAUAUGGAUAUCAUUCAUAAAUACGCCUUCGACCGACCACCGCCUGCACGACCACCGUUGUACAUACCCAGCGAUCCCAAGCCUGAUUCUGCGAAAGAAAAUGGGGAUGACGGAUCUCAAACCGGCGCCACAAACAGUAAAAAGAGGAAACGAGAAAGCAAGGCUCCAACGGAUCCAAAUCUGAAAGGCAUGCAAGGCCACUUGUUCCAACUCCUCAGGCCGUUAGUGACGGUACAUACAAACAUUCGGGACGCGCUAGCUAAGAGUUACUAUGGUGACAUGGAUGCUUUCGAGAAUGUCUUGUCGAUGGUCGAAAAGGUUGUCAUGGAAGCACUGGAUGCCGAAGCCCAACAAGAAAAGACCGAAGAUUCUGCCGCACAAGAAGAGGAAACGACAGUAGGAGAUGAUGUGACGCCAAAACAAAGAACGGAAGCCAAGUACAAGAGACCUUGGUGGGUCUGCCAACCCCAUAUACGGCCAUUACCGGAGGAGGCUCUGAAACUAGGAGCAAUGCAACUCAGCAAGAAAGAAAAAGCCAAGCGUGCCAUGCAAGAAUCAGCCGAGACGAAAGAGGAUCCUGUUCAGCGAGUCGAUGACAGCCAACCGCAGCCGCAAUCUAAUCAUACGUCAGACGAUGUUCCAAAGGCAGCUCUAGUGUGCGGUUGAUCAUGAAGGCAAAGAAGAUGAUGAAAAG